GCUUGCCGAGGUUUCAACACUUUACCAAAUAUGGCCUGUGCGGGGCGUGGGAUACAUUCUGCUAUGAGGUAUUGGUGGAUGCGACAGGGGAUGCGCCUCCAAGUACGCACGGUCGCAGAGGAACUUUAAAAGGUAUUACUAAAACUUCGAGCCAAGAAAUCGAAUUCAUGACAAACAUCAACAGAGUAUGUGACAAGCAGCCAACACACAAUCUCACAUUCAGUUAGUAAAGACUCCUUCUCGACCCUUGCCGGACUACAGAGGCCACUUUCAACUCCUGACUGACUUUGAUAUCCCAUCAUGCCACUGAUCGUGUUUCACACUUCCCAGCUGCUGUGGGUGCGUCUAGCUGCCCUGCUGUUCACCUGCGUGGCUUUCAGUGUUGCAGCACAUGUAGGUGUGGACUCCAAUGGAGGCAUGGGUGACUGGUGUAUCUUCUGCUGGGCGUUCAGCUUCGCCUGCACCCUGCUCGUCCUGCUGGUGGAGCAGUUCGGCCUCCAGGCCCGAGUGCCAGUGUCCUGGAACAAUUUCCCCAUCACUGUCGCCUGCUAUGCCGCCCUCCUAUGCCUCUCUGCCUCCGUCAUCUUCCCGCUCUUUUUCCUUAAGGACAAAAACUGGCACCGUGAGACUCGUGACCAUUAUAUCGUCUCCACCGUCUUCUCCUGCCUGGCAGCGGUGGCCUACAUGGGGGAGGUGAGCCUGAGUAAAGCGAGGCCAGGAGAGGUGACGGGUUACAUGGCUACGGCUCCGGGCUUGUUGAAGGUGUGCCAAACCUUCGUGGCCUGUGUAAUCUUCAUCCUGGUCAGCAACCCUGUGUCGUAUGACAGCGAACCUGCACUCCGGUGGUGCAUGGCCGUGUACUGCAUCUGCUUCAUCCUCUCCAUGGCUGUGGUGGUGCUGUGUGUGGGAGAGUGCACCGGCUGUCUCCCCAUCCCGUUCUCAAAGUUCCUGUCAGCAUAUGGGCUCCUGGCGGUUAUUAUGUACUUGACCGCUACCAUCAUCUGGCCCGUGUUCCAGUUUGACAAACGGUACGGGGGUAUAGGCAAGAACUCAUCAAAAGUCAUUGCUGCAGCCGUGCUCACUGGCCUCAACUUCCUGCUUUACCUCGCUGACCUGGCCUACACUGCCAGACUAGUGUUUGUCACUGUCUGAGAAGAAGAAAGGAAGGAAGCAGGGACGAUGACUGAUGAAGAGCAGAAAAAAUGGGUCUUCAGUGGCUUUGCAUAAAAAUGUAGCUGAUGUUGGAUUCCUGACAAAAAAAGACAUGACUCUGACCUUUUGCUGCUUAGUAAAAUGCUGUAAUGAAAUGUCUCGUUGAUACAAGGAAAGCCCAAUAAAUAAAAAGCUCACCUGCAGUAUGUGUGUAUGUAUGUAUGCAGAGCACGUUUGUAUAUUUCCAGACACCUGCAAUGACAGUAUUUAACCUCUAAUGUGACCUUUCUGUUAAGUGUGUAACACAGGUGUAAGGUGAAAGAUCUAAAUGUUGGAUGUUACAUGAUGGUGUGACACCAUAAAAAAAGUCCAAUGAUGUCAAACACACUGGAAGAAAACCCCAAUGAUUACAUGUUUUAUCUAUUUUUUAUUGGACAUAAAUAUAUUUAUCUGAGACACAGGCAUUCAUUGGUUUAUGAUGGGGAAGACGUGUGAGCAACACACAACCUAACAAAGAUUUUUUUCAACAUCCAUCUUAUCUUUUGUUAAUAAAGUUUUGGGGAAAAAAUACUACAAUAAUAUCAGUAUUGAAAUAUUUGAAAGAAUGUAUUUUAAGCAAAUUAUGCUUUUAGUUAAACCAAUAAAUAUGUUGUGUUAAAUGGCCUAAAAACAA